UGGCCGGGGCGGCGGGGCCAUUGUGUGCUCCAGACGGGGACACGGCCGCUCGCUCCCGCACCCUCGCCCGCACCCGCGGCUCGCAGCACAGAAAGUAUCGCGAGAGCGGCCGGAGAACAACCUGCUCCGCCACAGCCCCGCGCCGCUCCCGCGGAGCGCCCGCGCCGCCGCCGCCGCCGCGCACAUGCGGACGCCGAGCSCCGCCGCCGCCCGCCGGUUAUGAAGGAAGAAUGGAGUUUCCAGACCAUAGCCGCCAGUUGCUGCAGUGUCUGAGUCAGCAGCGUCACCAGGGCUUCCUGUGUGACUGUACUGUUUUAGUUGGAGAAGCUCAAUUCAGAGCUCACAGAGCCGUUCUUGCCUCUUGCAGUAUGUACUUCCAUCUUUUCUACAGGGACCAGUUAGACAAAAGGGAUAUUGUGCAUCUGAACAGUGACAUUGUCACAGCCCCUGCCUUCAGCCUGCUGCUCGAAUUCAUGUACGAGGGAAAGCUGGAAUUCAACAGUCUCCCGGUGGAAGAUGUGCUGGCUGCGGCGAGCUACCUUCACAUGUAUGACAUUGUGAAAGUCUGCAAGGGCAAGUUGAAAGAUAAAGAAUUAUGUUCGGAAGAGAAGAUUAAUGAUGAGGCGGCUGGUUUGGAGAAAGCGGAGCAUUUUCUAGAUGCCGGAGUGCCCCUGGUCCACGAGUUUGACCCAGGAAACAAACAAAAAUUCAGCGUUGCAGAAUACGAGAGAGCAGCAGGCAAAGAAAAGGUCAGCAGUCACCCCGCCUGGUCCUCUGAUCAUAUAAGUGUCAGCUCUGUGCCGACAGAGGCAGAACCGUGCGCCGCAGCAGCUGGAAAAACAAAGGCUAAUGUCAAUAGUUCCACAGGACCUUUGUCCCAAAGGUCUGUUAACCAUCCCCUGGCUUCGAGUGAUGUGGACUGCGCGCUGGAUUUGUCUUUCAAGCCCGUGCCGGGGAGAGAUUCCUUACACCCCUCCUAUGUCUUUGGACAGCUGGCUUCCGACAGCCAGCAGCAGGGUACCGAGCCACUUGUUAAAGAUGAACAAGACUUGCUGUCAGAUCAGGAGGACAGCGAAGCCAGGAGUCCAGAGAGUCAGCAUUUUGGGAAUUCAGCCAAAAGCCUAGUGACAGGGUUAGGACACAUGUUCGCGGGGAAUGGCAGCUCUCAUGCCCGAGAGGAGGAUAUAGAUCAAGAGCGAGACGAGAGCGAGGACGACAUGGAUUCGUCGGACAUCUCCUCGGGUGUCCUCGUGCCUCCCGGGCAUAUCUGCAUUUGUCCCCUGUGUAGCAAGGUGUUCCCGAGCCCGCACAUCCUCCAGCUGCACCUGAGCUCUCACUUCCGUGACAAGGACGGCUCCCGCACCCGCCUGUCCCCCGACGGGUCGGUGCCCACUUGCACCCUCUGCGGAAAGACUUUCUCCUGCAUGUACACGCUAAAGAGGCACGAGAGGACUCACUCGGGGGAGAAGCCCUACACCUGCGGCCAGUGCGGGAAGAGCUUCCAGUAUUCCCACAACCUCAGCCGCCACGCGGUCGUGCACACCAGGGARAAACCCCACGGGUGCAAGUGGUGCGAGAGACGCUUCACACAGUCGGGGGAUUUGUACAGACAUAUCCGCAAAUUUCAUUGUGGCCUUGUAAAGUCCUUGGUUGUUUGAGAUGUGUGACUUUUGUUUUGUUGGUUUGUUUUUUU